AUGGCCGCGGCAUCGCAUCGCUCGUCAAUCGCAACCACCGUUACCCACAGCCCCGUCUUGCAUCUUCUCCUACUACUCUUCCUCUUCAUACUCCGAUCCUCCUCAGCUUCGUCAGCCGAACACUCUGUCGGCAAUGAUGCGUCAAAUCCUUCUCAGUCAGGCAUAGCCGCUGCCGCCGCUGCCGCUGUAGCCGCAGAUUUAGGAGAUAGUGUCGGCACAGGACCGGGUUUGGGACUGGGAGCAGCCGCGGAUCAAUUCGUUUCGACGGAUGAUAUUCCUCCGGCGAACGGAGCGGCGGACGCGGCGACAGGCGCAGCGGGGCCGGAGGGUUUCAAUCCGAAAUUAGCGGGAAUUGAGGUGGAGGAGCGGUUGGUGGAAGAGCUGCUGACGUGGCUUGAGGAGAAAGGUGUGAGAGGGAUUAGAGACGAGAAUGCGGCGAUUAAGGUAUUCAUUGAUGCCAACACAACUCUCAAGGCGUCCGGCAGGUCAAGGGCGAAUCUCCGCAUGGUGGCGCGGCGCCCCAUCGCGGAGGGCGAGGUGUUUCUGUCGCUGCCUCGCUCGCUCGCUCUCUCCGAAUCUCUCGCGCAGGAAGAGGCAAAGCCGUACGAGGGAGAGGUGCAUCCAUUCACAGCACUGGCGGCGUGGGUGCUGAGGGAGCGGGCCAAGGGGCGCGCGUCCCUGUGGACGCCCUUCGUGCGCCUGCUGCCCGCGCACCUGCCCUUCCCCCACCUCUUCUCAGACCGCCUGCGCACAGAGCUCCAAUCCCAAUCGCUGCUCUUAGCUACCGCUGAGCACAAGCGGAUGCUGACAGAAGAGUACAAAAAGUGCCAGCCAGAGGCCAUAGCGAAUGCAAGAGAGGAGGAGUUCCUGUGGGCGGUGGGCAUGGUGACCUCGCGCAUGUUCACACUCCCUGCAAACAACACCACUGCCAGCGUUGAUUCCAGUGGCGGCAGCAACAGCAGCAGUGCUGCGAGCAACGCGACAGAGACAGUGCUCUUCCCCUACGCGGACCUAUUCGACACGGACAACGACCCCGUCGCCAUGUGGCUGGCCAACGACACGCACAUCACGUUCACAGCCACGGCCAACAUCUCUGCAGGCCAGCACGUGAGUGUGGAGUCGGGGCUGCUGGCGAAUGAUGAGGCGCUGCUGUCGCGCGGCAUGGCGCUGGUGACCAACUACCGUGACAGCGUGGACGUGUUCGAGUACCCCGAGGUCGCCAUCGACUUCUUCGGCCGCCACUGCUUCAGAACGCACUGGGAAUCCUUCAUGGAGACUGACGUGGAGCAGGUGUUUGCUGACAUGGAAAAGGCACUCAAGGCAGAGGUGACCAAGGACCGGUACAAGGGCAUACCGGACGAGCCCGAGUUCAGGAUUGACACACAGGCGAGCCUGAGAGUCUGGUUCGGCGGGAGGCUCGAUCCAAGGCUGCUGGGAGGUUUGGCAGCCCUGCAUGCGCACGUGAUGAACAAGGAAGCCCCAGACUAUGCCGCACUGGCGCGGCCAGCAGUGGAGUACAGCUGGCUGCGCGACCCCAAGACCACGUGUGACGACUACGCCGCCUCGCUCCCCGACAACCUUGGGGACUCCAUCCCCGCAGCCGGCACGGGCAUUCUGGAGCGCGCCAGGCAGAUGCUCAAGGCCAUGGGGACAUCACACGAGGGGGACCUGCAGCGCAUGUUUGUGGUGCAGGCGUGCAAGGUGCAGGUGCUGUAUGGGACCUACCCCGGGCACAAGCCGCUCAUGUGCCCCCCUGAGUUCGUGAGUGAGCUGGCGGACUGGGAGGCGGCCUUGGCUUACAGGCUGUCGAAGAAAGAGGUGCUGUCGCACGUGAUUGGCCGCCUCACAGCCACAUGCGAGGCUUAG